AUGAAUAAGUUAAAGGGACCUCUAAGUGACUCUACGGUAUUGGUUGUUGGGGUAUGUGGGGAGGUUGAGGAAAGAACAUUCCUGCGGCCAUUCGAUAUAAAAUUCGGGGGAAAGGAAUUUGAUCACCAAUUUCUGUACAUGCCAAACAGCCCGGAGUCCCUGCUCGGGAGAGAUUUGCUCUCAGUAUUGCAGGCAAGAAUAAUUUUUAAAAAGGGUAGGGUAAAAUUAGAAAUACCAGAGGAAAACCUGGCAAAAUUGUUUAUAAUCAAAGAAGUAGGGAAGGAAGAGAUACCACAGGAAAUUGAACAAGCAGUCGCGCCAUGGGUUUGGGAAACAGGGACCCCAGGUAAAUCAAAAGCGGCAGUACCAGUGGUAGUGGAAUUAAAAGAAGGGGCCCAACCGGUGAGGGUACGGCAGUACCCCAUUAGUCUGGAAGCUAGGAAGGGAAUAGCCCCCAUGAUAACUCAAUUCUUAGACUUAGGAAUUUUGCAGGAGUGUGAAUCUGAAUUCAACACUCCUAUCUUCCCGGUCAAAAAGCCUAAUGGCGGUUACAGGUUAGUACAGGACUUAAGGGCAAUUAAUUCUAUCACCAAAGAUAUACAUCCCGUAGUGGCAAAUCUGUACACAUUGUUAACAUCUGUUUCUGAGAAAUUUCAGUGGUUUACAGUAAUUGAUUUAAAGGAUGCCUUCUUCUGCAUACCCCUGGCGCCUGAAAGCAGGAACAUCUUUGCAUUCGAGUGGGAAAACCCCGACAUGGGACGGAAGCGCCAGCUCACAUGGACCAGGCUUCCCCAAGGAUUUAAAUCCUCGCCCACCAUAUUCGGUAACCAGCUGGCCAAGGAACUUGAGGAAUGGAAGACUACCCAGGUAAAAGAUUCGCCUUUUUCGUAUGUGGUAUUGCAAUAUGUGGAUGAUAUUUUCCUGGGUACCACAGAACAAGGUCUCUGCCUCAAAUUAACCAUUGCAUUACUAAAUAUGCUAGGACAGGCUGGAUACCGGGUAUCCAGAGAAAAGGCACAGCUGGUUAAACAAAAGGUCAUCUAUUUAGGAUGUGAAAUUUCACAGGGAGUCCGUCGUUUGGGAGUAAAUCGUAUACAAGCCAUAUGUGCAAUUCCAGUACCCCGUAAUAACCAGGAACUAAGAUCUUUUCUAGGAAUGAUUGGCUGGUGUCGACUGUGGAUCCCCGACUUUGGGCUGACAGCCAAACCAUUGUAUGAAGUUGUGAAGGAACCAAGAUUUAAGUGGGGACCCACGGAAGAAAAAGCGUUCGGUCUCAAGGAAGCACCUGCCCUGGGCCUACCGGAUCUAACCAAGGACUUUCAACUGUAUGUAUAUGAAAGGCAAAAGUUAGCCUUGGGGGUGCUCACUCAAAAACUGGGGUCUUGGAAAAGGCCGGUUGGGUACUUUUCUAAACAAUUGGACUCAGUAAGUGGGGGAUGGCCAGGAUGUCUAAGAGCAGUGGCAGCCACAGUAAUCCUGAUCCAAGAAGCACGCAAGCUAACAUUGGGCAAGCAUAUGACAGUUUAUGUACCUCACAUGGUCAUAACAGAAGAAGGAGAAUUGGAACAUGAUUGCGUGGAGGUAAUCGAACAAGUAUACGCCAGCCGGAAGGAUCUGAAGGAUGAGCCACUGCCGGACCCUGAUUGGGAACUGUUUACGGACGGGUCCAGUUUUGUGGAAAAAGGUACCAGGUAUGCAGGGUAUGCAGUAGUUACCUUGCGACAGAUAGUGGAAGCAAAAGCAUUGCCCCCGGGCACGUCAGCACAGAAGGCAGAAAUUUGGGCUCUGAUAAGAGCCCUGGUGCUGAGCCAAGGGAAGAAAGUCAACAUAUGGACUGAUUCCAAAUACGCAUUCGGAGUAGUACAUGUGCAUGGGGCUUUGUGGAAGGAAUGGGGACUUCUUAAUUCGCAGGGGUCGUCAAUCAAACACAGAGAAGAAAUAAUCAUGUUAUUGGAAGCAAUUUACAAGCCAUUGGCAGUUGCAGUAAUGCAUGUCAAAGGACAUCGGAACGAUCCAGGAAAAGAGUUCCAGGGAAAUCUUCAAGCGGAUCAAGUAGCAAAGCAGGUGGCCAGAGAAGUAUGGACUCAAUUAGCGUUGCUACCGGCUCGGGGCAACCCUGCCGCUGCGCACAUGGAAGACAAACCACAUUACUCGCCAGAGGACGAGAAGUUGGCUCAAAUGUUGCAGGCACGGAAAAAUAUCAAGGGACUCUUACAGCACUCAGAGGAGCGUUGCAGUGGAACCGACCCCUACCCCUGGAAAAUCCGGCCCACGACAUCUUUCCAGGAGACCAAGUCUACAUAA